GAAGUGUAUAAAGUGUAUAUAUAAAAGUGUAGCGCGUGCGUUGAAAGCCCCAAUAACAAAUUUUGGCUCUCGCAGGGCAUAUUGGUAUUGCAAUAAUACCAGUUCAAAACUACACCUGAACCAGCGCCAGAGCCAGAACCAGAACCUGAUCCCAACAUAAUAACCACCAGCAACGCACCAGACCACCCACCACACCCACCAAAAUGAUCAACAUGGACAUUAGCGUGACGCCCAACUACUCGUAUAUUUUCGAUUUCGAGAACGAUUUCAUACACCAGCGGACACGCAAAUGGAUGCUGGAGAACUGGACAUGGGUGUUCUACUACUGCGGCAUCUACAUGCUUGUGAUAUUCGGUGGUCAGCACUUUAUGCAAAAUCGUCCAAGAUUUCAACUGCGUGGUCCCCUCAUCAUAUGGAACACAAUGCUGGCGAUGUUCAGCAUUAUGGGUGCUGCCCGCACGGCGCCGGAACUGUUGCAUGUGCUCCGUCACUACGGACUCUUCCACUCUGUCUGUGUGCCCAGCUACAUCGAACAAGAUCGCGUGUGCGGCUUCUGGACCUGGCUGUUUGUGCUGAGCAAGCUGCCGGAGCUGGGGGACACGAUAUUCAUUGUGCUGCGCAAGCAGCCGCUGAUCUUCCUGCACUGGUACCACCACAUCACCGUGCUAAUCUACUCGUGGUUCAGCUACACGGAGUACACCAGCUCGGCGCGCUGGUUCAUCGUGAUGAACUACUGCGUGCACUCGGUGAUGUACAGCUACUAUGCCCUGAGGGCGGCACGCUUCAAUCCGCCGCGAUUCAUCGCCAUGAUCAUCACGUCGCUGCAGCUAACGCAGAUGAUAAUCGGGUGUGCGAUCAAUGUGUGGGCCAAUGGCUUCCUGAAGACACACGGCACACAGUCGUGCAACAUCUCGCAGCGCAACAUAAACCUCUCUAUCGCCAUGUACUUUAGCUACUUUGUCCUAUUCGCGCGAUUCUUCUACAAGGUGUACCUGUCGCCGGGCGGCAACAAGAGCCGUCGCAUGGCUGCCACUCUCGCCGGCCAGAAUGCGGUCAAGCAGUCGGUGGACCACAUCUCCUCCUCGGGCGGCACUCAGUCGGAGGACCAGGCCGCCUAUCUGCGCAAGGCAAAGGCGCAGUAAGCAACAGCAGAAGAAGGAGAUGAGAAAGGAGCAGUGGCAGGAGGAUCUGUUAACGGCUAAGGACCCAUUUAUUUUGUGUCGUUGUACACGUUGUUUUUUAAUUUUAACCCCAGGGCCAGCCAGCAGCACACACACACAGAAAUUCUAGAAAUUGUAAGCAAAAAGUUGAAGCAGGUGGACAGGCAGGCAGGCAGGCAUAUACAUAUAUGUAUAUAUCCCUAUACUGUACUAUAUAUCUGAUCAUUUAUGUAUAUAAGAAACAGGCAAUCCCGAGAACUGUAUGGCAUGGGCGGGUGGGAGUAGGAGGAGAGACUGUGGAGCAUGAAGCGUCGUACAUUUAGCUGCUAUAUAGACUCUGUAAGGAAUGUUGGAAUGAGGCAUCCUUCUAUAUGUAUAAGGAAGAUGGACAUGAUUGUAUCCCCGUCCAUUGCGGGGAUCUAGAGUUAUAUAGAGAUAGCCACACCAAAAACUCUCCAAAAAGUAGUUCGCUUCACAGGCUCAAAGAUUCCUUCCUCUCCUCCGCAUACAGAUUCUGUACAGUUCUAGUGUGCUGUUGAGCCCCAAAAGAAAAAAAAGAGUCGUAUAUUUAUAUAUACCAGUAUAUAUAAUUUAAUUUGCAGAUUUAUUGACAGCCUCCCGAUGUUGAUGUCGAUUCCAUUACGAUAUUUGCGUUGUCUUCUCAGGUGGGAUUUGUGUUGCCUCCUAAGUUAGUUAGAAAUUCUCAAGCUCUCACGCUAUCCCCCCACUACAUGUAUGUGUACUAUAUCCAAUUGAUAAACUGUCUUCGCAUUCAGUCAGAAUAGGAGCGAAGAAGAGAGUAUAGCAGCGAGCAGCGUAGUUGGGGAUCGGGUCAGAGACGUAUGUACUCUAAGUCUAUAUACAUUAACAAUAUAUAUUUAUAUAAACUAUCUAAACGGAUUAUUAACGAAGCAAAGAAACAGAAACGGAACCAGAAACAGAAACAGAAAACACUAUAAGUUAGCAUAUUGUUCCACGAGCCACAGAUCGUACAGCAAAUCGUUAUUUUAAAGUAAUAAAGUGUUUUUUAAAAUGUGCAUCCAUUUAACACCACCAUUUAACCGCAAAGAUUAAGGCAUUACACUAUAUUCAGAGUUAUGGUAGGGGAAGGCAUUUAUUUAGUUAACCUUUGCAUGCAUUUUUGAAUACUUUUUCAUUUGGAAAACAGAAAAAAAAAACGUACAGUUUCUACACACACAAAGAGAAGUCCUUGAACGUAACAAAGCUUAAAUUAUAUAUUUAUAUUUGUAAGCAAAAGAGAAUGUGGUUAAGGUUGAGAUGCGAGAAGGCGAGACGCAACAGAGAGAGAGAAAGAGAGAUAAACCAAGGAAAUGAAAAGCAAAGUCCUACUUGAAAAGUUAAUUUAGUGUAAACGAGGAAACUGUAACUGAAACUGAAACCGAAAGAUGAUCGAGUGAAUCGGGAGGGAGGAUAGGAUGGGUAUGGAUCGUUCCUCCCGAUGAUAGAUGAUACGCCGUAGUGGUAAAAAUUAAAACGAACAAAUUGAAAUUUUUUGUCGGGUAUACUAAACAAAAGCGAAAAACAA